UGCUACAGACUUCACUGCUUUGUAACAUGUUUCAAGUCUUCUUGCGCGUCUAAUUGUCUUAUAUAUGCUCACAGCCGGUAGAAUUGUUUCAUGGUGUUGUGUUGAUUCCUGGUGCUACAACUAGCUCCAACUCCUCCAGGAUAAUCGAUCUACAUAUUGUUUUGAUCGAUCCUAAUGGCAGAGAUGGUGAGUUCCGCAGUGGUCCAGGAGGCAGUUAGCCAAGUCCUAUCUAGCAUAAGGGACAAGUACGAGGGGAAGUCAAAUGCAAAGGAGCACAUGGAGAGGAUGGAGAUGGCGCACAUCAAGCUGGAGGCCGCCCUCGAGACAUCCGACAAGUGGAACGUCACAAGCGCGCCAUUGCUGCGUUGGCGGAGCAAGCUCAAGCGCGCUGCGCAGGAGUGCGACGACACACUGCGGAGGUGCAAGCAGCGCUCUCAGGGAGAAGCGGAAGGGACGGAGCACGGGGUAAGGAGCUCCACCUUUCCUAAACGGAUUGCUCACACUGCCAAGUCGUUCGUUUCCUCCAUCUUUAAUCGCGGCGACGACGAGCUGAGCGGAUCCACCGUUCGGCGAUUCGAGUGGUUCGCAGACGGUGCUAGCGAGUUUUUGAGAUAUGUGGAGCUUGGUGGCACACCACGCCAAUACAUGUUCUUCGACCCUCUUGUGCGCCAUCUUCUCGCAGGCAAAGAAACAGAGUAUAGCUUUGUUCGCGGGGACCAACACCUCUCGUUUUUGCUCGGGCCCUUCAGUCCUCCCGAGCAUGGGAUAGAGGGUAGGCUGAAAUUUUCCUUCGAAGAUGGUAAUGCGCCAGAGAAUAAUUUCCAUGUGAUAUAUACUUGGAACCAGUUACCGAAGUGGUUUUGCUGGGCCACGUCCCACUGUCACCUGGGUACAACAAACAGAGGGCGGUCGUCGACGGCGAAACAUGCCCGUUGGGGGUUCAGCGACAGAGAUGCUCAACGGGGAGGCCGCGCAACGUGGCUUGUAUGCAAACAUUUCCUUUGAACAGCUGGGCGAGAUCAUGCUACCCAAGGCGGUAGAUUGCCUUUGCCGGAAUGCGGGAGCGACCUCGUAUCAGAUGCUGUGGAAAUCCAAGCACGGCGGCGCAUACCUUCGGGUCCAGAAGACCGCAUGCCGAGCAACCAGUCGGAAAGGUAGGGGACGAAACCGUGGGCCAUGGGAGUGCGCCGAGGAGUCGCUGAGUUCCUCGGCUCGUGGGUUGCGCACGCGCCUGCCCAGCUGCAGAGCUCAAUCGCAGACUGGCUAAAAGAAGAUUCAGUAAUGCAGUUAGCACUUGAUUAGAAGUAGUUAGUCUAUCAACCUGUACACCUACACGGGCUAGCCAUUUCAGCAGACCGUGUGUAUUAAAAGAGUUUGUCUAGUUGUUUGUUUGUGACAGAUUUUUGUUUCAAAAUCUGUCAUUUUUUUCCAAUUAUAUAGCGUCACAUGGAGAAUUCGCAUGAUUUUGUGAACCAAAUAUAUCAGAUUUCUCUA